AUGAAGCUGCGCCAGAAGCCAGAAGAGUCUGGAGCUUGGCGAAUACCAUUCCUUCAGCUGGAGCUUCGCGAUAGGUUGACUGUACAUGAAAUUCCAAUAAAACUUCUGAAGACUGCCUAUUGGCCGAAGUACCAACGCCCAGAUCUUCCUAAUUCUAUGAUGGGCAUUUAUUUCCCUCCCGUGAAAUCUGUCAUGAAAGUGCUACAUUCACUAAAAAAUGUUACCAACAAAAACAUUACUCUUAAAGUGAGCAACAGCGGGGAGAUGCACCUCAAAUGUCUCGUGGAGCACGCAGACAUUACGGUCUACUUCACUAAUCUGAUGAAUGAUACCAUGACAGAAGAGCAAUCUCAAGAACAGUGGUACACUGUGAGGGUACCGCUGAAGGUGGUCCAUAUGUUCUUCGCCGGUUUCAUGUACAUGGCGCACUUCAAUGUACUUCUGAACAUCGUAUCGGACAGCUACGCGGAGUUUACCUUGCGACGUGAUGGACUUGUGGUUUCGUUCCUCGUUCGGGGAAUUAAUGAUGUGUAUUAA